UCAGGGGGUUCCCACCGUAGAGAUGUAUGGUGAGACCCCACUGGCCUUCCCUGCUCCCAGUGACUGGCUCUCCAGCCUCUGCUGCAGAUGUGGUGCCUGCGCCUGCCCACCCUGCCCUUCCCAAGGCCAUGUCCAAAGUCACUGGCCCCCUAGGUCUCUGUCCACACGAUCUGGAUCACCCUAGACAGAACCCGUGACUUCUUUCCAUGGCCUUCCUACAGCUGCUUCAGUAGAGCUGAAACGCUUCGCCUGCUGGCACCCCACAGCCAUCUGCACACAUUCCUCUUUUACCAGGAUGGUGUUAGGGCCCAGGCUGCGUCCACGACUUGAGGUGCCUCAGUUUGCCGCCUGUCACAAUUGUCAGUGCCCCGCAUUGCCCAGCCCCCACUCUGGAAGUCGCCUGUCCCUGACACUGCUCUGCCAAGAAGAGGGUGAAAUCUCGCCUUGCAGCAUCCCCGCCCCCAGUCCUUUCCAGGAAGCCUUAAACUGCGUCGCCACUUGCAGGUGUCAGCUGCCCCGCCCCUCCUCCCUCCGCCUUAAAGGGGUCGCGUCUCCCGGGGCCUCCCAGGGGCAUCGACAGCACCGCGGGUCCCGUGAGCUCUCCUUGGCCGUGGUGCGGGAGGUGGGCAUCCGAGUCCUAAUCCGGCCCUUCUGGAGUGGUGUGGCUCAUUCGGCCUCAGUUUGCACAGUCUGAGAAGUGGGAACGCCCUGAUUUCCUGGCUCUAAAGCAGGUGCUCAGGGCACUUUCCAGGCCCGGGGAGGGGGCGGGGCCGCACCCCGGAGGAGCCGCUUCGCCCACCGGUUUCUCAGACGCCGGCCCGCCCCACCCCCACGAUGACCGCCCACAUCCUCCUGCUGUUACUCGUCGCCUCCUCCAUCCUGGGGGACCCGGACUCGGCGGGAAGGCGGCCCCAGCCCCACGUCUCCCAGCAGCGCGGGCGCCUCUGUUCCCUGGGCACGUGCCAGACCCACCGCCUGCCAGAGAUCAUAUACUGGCUCCGGUCUGCCUCCACCAAGGAGCCCUCAGGGAAAGCUGGCCGCAAGCCUCAGGAUCCCCACAGCUACGGGCGCCGCCGGCGGCGCGAGGCCAGAGUCCCGCUACGUCUCCAGGACCCCAGCCUGCGGCAAGGCCAGAGCAGUACCCAGCUCGCUGGGUGAUGCUGGGCACAUCUCUGCUCAUCCCCUGGCUUCAGUUUACCCAUCUAUGUAUUGGGGCCGUGACCUCAAGUUUCAAGACCCCCUAACUCCACCUCCUGGGCUCUCCCCGUGCUGUGACUGGGCUGGACCCACGUGCACACCGGCCCCAGCAGGGACAAAGAAUAUUAACGUCCAGAGCUGAAUAAAACGAGAGUUCCGUGUUUCAGUUGGCUUGUCUGUGCCCAUUCUGGCCUCCCAA